AUGCAGCUCGACGAGAUCACCGACCAGAUGGCCGACGCCAUGAUUGCCGAGACACAGCGCCGAGACGCAGCCGAGGCGGCGGCGGCGGCAGCAGCAUCGGGCCAGGCCGCCGCCCCCGGGGCCGCAAAGGGCGCUGCCCUGCCUCCCGGCCACGCCCUGCUUAGCGGCAAGACGCCGGACCAGGUGCUCGCUGACCUCAACAAGUCGCCGCUCUUCAUGACGGAGCUUGAGGACAAUGACGACGUCGCGGCGCUGCAGGCGCUCGCGUACGAGGGCACUGCGCGCGAGAACGGCGAGGAGUUCAAGGAGCGCGGCAACGAAUGCUUCAAGGCCCGCAUGCACGCCGACGCCAAGGAGUUCUACACCAAGGGCAUCGAGAUACUCGCCCUCGAGGAGCGGCGGAGGGCCCAGGGUGAGAAGACGUUCCACACGGAAAAGGCGCGCGUUAAGGGAAACGCCGAGAACGCCGCAGGGCAGCAGCAGGAGGAGGAGGAGGAGGAACGAGAGGUCGAGGUCGAGGACGACGACGAUGAAAUCGCCCAGCAAAAGGCCGUGCUCGAGAGCCUGUACGUCAACCGUGCCGCGUGCCACCUCGAGCUCGGCAACUAUCGGUCAUGCUGGACCGACUGCGGCCUCGCGCUUCGCCUGAACCCGGCGAACCUCAAGGCCUACUACCGCUCGGCGCGCGCCCUGCUCAAGGUCGGCCGCAUCGCCGAGGCCGACGACGCGUGCGCGCGCGGGCUCGCGCUCGACCCGGACAACAAGCCGCUCCGGGCCGUCGCGCGGGAUAUCGUCGAGGCGGCGGAGCGCGCCGACGCCAAGGCACGGCGUGAGGCGGAACGUGAGGCCCGGGAGAAGCUGCGUGCGAGGCUGCUGCGGGCGGCGCUCGCGGCGCGGGGUAUCCGGACGAGGGAGACGGCGCAGCCGCCCGAGAUGGAGGACGCGCGCAUGCGCCUCGUGCCGGACGAGGACGACCCCGCGAGCAGCCUGAGCUUCCCGGCCGUGCUGCUGUACCCGGUUCACCUCGAGAGCGACUUCGUCAAGGCCUUUGGCGAGACCGAGUGCCUGGCGGACCACCUGUCGUACAUCCUGCCGGUGCCGUGGGACGAGAGGGGCGAGUACUCGCCCGACGGCGUCGAGUGCUACAUGGAGACGGCCAAGGGCGGGCUCGUCAAGGUCGGCAAGAAGGCGACGCUGCUGAAGAUCCUGAGCGGCGGCAACGUCGAGGUCGUCGACGGCAUCGUGCGGGUCUACGUCGUGCCGGCGGCCCGGGCCAAGGCGUGGAUCGACGAGUUCAAGAUCAAGAAGGCCGCCGAGAAGGGGGCCAGCAGCUAA